AUGUUUAGUCGACUCGUCCGGCCGAGCGCCCUGCGCGCGGCUGCUUUCCAGACACCCACCUCCGCCCUCCGAUCCCAGGCCCGUGGCCUUCAUCGCAUCCCCCAAUUGCAGCACGACAACUUUUACAAGCAGAAUGGUGUGCCUGAAUUCAUGUCACCCGAGGCAUUCGACUUCGCCUGGACCCAAUACCAGACCCUCCUCGUGGACAAGCUCAACCUGUUGACACAAGACACCGUCGAUGCGGACGCGAAGCCCGGAGAAUUGCUGGUCAAGUACUCCAAGCGCCCGGAGAUGGCCUCGGUCUUCAACUAUGCCUCGAUGGCCCACAACAACCACUUCUUCUUCAACUGUCUGUCCCCCAACUCCACCCAGAUCCCCGAGAAGUUCGCCAAGGACAUCGUGGACACCUGCUCUUCCGUCGAGUCCCUAAAGCUGGACUUCCUCGCGACCGCUAGCUCCAUGUUCGGCCCUGGCUUCGUCUGGCUCGCCAAGAACCUGGAGCGCGAGGGCCUGAUGCAGAUCUUCUGUACUUACAACGCCGGCUCUCCUUACCCGGCCGCUUACUCCCGCCGCCAGCCCGUCGACAUGGCCACCCACUCCCCCGACGCCCCCCUGGGCAACCAGUUCGCUGGAUCGAUGGGCGCCCACGCCCAGAACCAAAAGAACCUGGCCCCCGGUGCCAUUGAUGUGCAGCCUAUUCUCUGUGUCAACACCUGGGAGCACGCCUGGAUGAUGGACUAUGGUAUCGCGGGCAAGGACGAAUACCUGGAGCGCUGGUGGGAUCGGAUUAACUGGGACAUUGUGUUCGACAACUAUAAUGCGGUCUCCUCGGUGAAGGGGGCCAAGAGCUCAGUGGCCCGCAGCCGGGGACUGAGUGGCCCUUGA